GCUCGCCCGACCGGCUUCCGUUUCGUUAGUCCUUCCCAACAUGGCGCAGUCAGUUAACAUCACCGAGCUGAAUCUGCCACAGCUAGAGAUGCUCAAGAACCAGCUGGACCAGGAAGUGGAGUUCUUGUCCACAUCCAUUGCCCAGCUCAAGGUGGUACAGACCAAGUAUGUGGAAGCCAAGGACUGUCUGAACGUGCUGAACAAGAACAAUGAGGGGAAAGAAUUACUUGUCCCACUGACGAGUUCUAUGUAUGUCCCUGGGAAGCUACAUGAUGUGGAACAUGUCCUCAUCGAUGUGGGAACAGGCUACUAUGUAGAAAAGACAGCUGAAGAUGCCAAGGACUUUUUCAAGAGGAAGAUAGACUUCCUCACCAAGCAGAUGGAGAAAAUCCAACCAGCUCUACAGGAAAAGCAUGCCAUGAAACAGGCUGUCAUGGAGAUGAUGAGCCAGAAGAUUCAGCAGCUCACAGCCCUGGGGGCAGCUCAGGCCACUGCCAAGGCCUGAAAGCUUGUUUCAGAAAUGGGGCUGAGGGACCCUGCUUCAAGGAAACUGGGACUUUGUGGGUGUGGCUUCCUGGGGUCAAGGAAGAGAAGGGUCUUGUGUUUCAUGCUAAUAAAUGUGCCAGCUGGGCAGAA